AUCUUUCCUUCUUCUUUCUCAUCUUUCCUCUUCUUUCCCUCUUUUUUCCCUAAUUUUUUAGGGUUUCUUCGUUCCUAUACACAGAUAUCGGAGCCCUAAAACAAAAUUGAAAAGAUUUUUGGCCUCCAAUGUUUGUCAAACUCCUUACCUUUCUUUGAUCUUUGCAGUAUCGACGCUCUGAUUGGUUGAUUUUCAAUUCAGAGAACGCCGCCUCCGGUCAGGUCAUGGCUACCAAAAGGGUGAUAGCGGUUUGUCAAUCUGGUGGUGAGUUUGAGACUGAUAAGAGCGGGGUGAUGUUGUAUAAAGGCGGAGAUGCUCAUGCGAUAGACCUUGAUGAUCAAACGAAGUUCGACGACUUCAAGAAGGAACUAGCAGAAAUGUUUAAUUUGAACAUGAGUACUAUGUCUGUUAAAUACUUCCUCCCUGGCAAUAAAAAGACUCUCAUCAGUAUCUCCAAUGACAAGGAUUUAAAGCGGUUAAUAAAAUUUCAUGGGAAUUCCACCACUGUCGAUGUGUUUAUCCUAAUGGAGGAAAAUGUUCCUCAUGAUGUUUCCAACAUGCCAGCCAGUAGGUCUAGCAGGACAACUUUGUCUGAAGCAGUGGCUCCAGCUCCGGAUCCGGCUCCGGCUCCAGCUCCGGUUCUGGCUUCGCUUGAUCCACCUCUAGAUGUUAUGGAUGAUACCACUCGAUCGAAUAUUCCUCUUGCGGCCUCUCUUGAUAUUGUUGAUGCUACCAAUCAUAUUGAUCCACACAUUGAUCUAGCACCUGAGUUUUCAUCUAUUCUUCCUCUUGCUAAAACCACUCAGCAGUGGCAGAAUACAAUUACAGGGGUGGGGCAACGAUUCACUGGUGUUCAGGAAUUUCGUGAGACAUUACGUAAAUAUGCCAUUGCACAUCAGUUCGCAUUCAGGUAUAAAAAGAACGAUAGUCACCGCGUGACUGUUAAGUGCAGAGCAGAAGGCUGCCCUUGGAGAAUCCAUGCAUCAAGGUUGUCAACCACUCAGCUGAUAUGUAUCAAGAAGAUGAAUCCAACACAUACUUGUGAAGGGGCUGCUUUGACCACCGGGCAUCAAGCAACGAGGAGUUGGGUAGCUAGUAUAAUCAAGGAGAGGUUAAAAGUUUUCCCAACUUACAAACCCAAGGAUAUUGUACAAGACAUUAAACAGGAGUUUGGCAUACAACUGAACUACUUUCAGGCUUGGCGUGGGAAAGAAAUUGCUAGAGAGCAGCUUCAGGGUUCAUAUAAGGAUGCAUAUAGUCAGUUACCACUUUUCUGCGAGAGGAUAAUGGAGACCAAUCCAGGCAGUCUUGCUACAUUCUCCACUAAGGAAGACUCUAGUUUUCAUCGCCUCUUUAUCGCAUUCCAUGCUUCUCUGUCCGGCUUUCUACAAGGUUGCAGACCUCUCCUUUUUCUUGAUAGCAUACCCUUGAAUUCCAAAUAUCAAGGUACCUUGUUGGCAGCAACCGCUGCAGAUGGGAAUGAUGAUGUAUUUCCUGUUGCCUUUUCUGUCGUUGAUGCUGAAACUGAUGAGAACUGGUAUUGGUUUUUGUUACAACUGAAAUCUGCCCUGUCAACAUCUUGUCCUAUAACAUUUGUUGCAGACAUACAGAAGGGUUUACGGGAGUCAAUCUCUGAAAUUUUCAAGGGAUCAUUUCAUGGUUAUUGUCUCCGAUACUUAACUGAACAGCUCAUUAGAGACUUGAAAGGGCAGUUUUCCCAUGAGAUGAAACGGCUCAUGAUUGACGACCUUUAUAAUGCAGCUUUGGCACCUAGACCUGAAGCCUUCCAUUCGUAUAUCAACAGCAUCAAAAAAAUUUCACUGGAAGCUUACAAUUGGAUCAUUCAGAGUGAGCCCCAAUACUGGGCAAAUUCAUAUUUCCAGGGUGCUAGAUAUAACCAUAUGGCAUCAAACUUUGGGGAACUCUUUUAUAGUUGGGUGUCAGAUGCACACGAAUUACCUAUAACUCAGAUGGUUGAUGUCAUACGGCAAAAGGUUAUGGAGUUAAUUUAUUCCCGCAGGGCUGAGUCUGAUCAUUGGUUAACAAGGCUUACUCCAUGCAUGGAGGAAAAAUUGGAAAAGGAGAGCUUGAAAGUCCGUACUCUUCAAGUGCUUCUGACUUCUGGUAGCAUAUUUGAGGUCCGUGGUGAUUCCACCACUGAAAUGGUUGACAUGGACCGAUGGGAUUGCAGUUGUAAAGGUUGGCAACUUACAGCUUUACCAUGUUCUCAUGCUAUUGCCGUUAUCAGUUGCAUUGGACGAAGCCCAUAUGACUUUUGCUCCAGAUACUUUACAACCGAGAGCUACAGGUUAACCUAUGCAGAGUCUAUACAACCUAUUCCAGAUGUGGAGAGGCAUCUGCAGAAGGAUACUUCAUCAGCUCUAGUGACUGUAACUCCUCCUCCAACACGCCGUCCACCAGGUAGGCCCACCACAAAAAAAGUUGGAACACCAGAGGUAAUGAAGCGUCAACUACAGUGCAGUAGAUGCAAGGGUUUAGGGCACAACAAGUCCACUUGCAAAGAGCUCUUGUAGAGUGUUGGCCACUGGAUCGAGUUAAGGAUGACACAGGUUGGCUGAUGGAUCUAAUGGUAGUUCUUCAAUGUCAAAUAGUUUUAUUAGGUGUAAUGCUAGUUUUCCUUGGUCUCUAGUUAAAAACUUUAUGAUAAAUGAACAUGGCAGUGACUCGUAGGGAAGGAUUGGUUAUUUAAAGUAGCUAUUUGUAUCCAUGUUGAUGGAAAGCUAAAUGUUACCAUCGACUUGGAUCAAAUUUUGUUACUGUAUUAUCAGAAAGAGAUUGGUUAGGUUUUCUACCUCAGUUUUUAACUUUUUAAAUUUGUGAAUGAACGUGCUCCUUUUCCA